AGCUAACUGGCUCGAAUGAAAGAAUAUCGUCGGAUUUUUACAAUUAAAAUUAAUAAGCUUUGAGUAACGAAAUCGUGGUCGUAUUGGAAAAUUCAACCAAACACGGCUUAACAAGCAAGAACUAGAAGCCGCCUAGCAGUUGCUGAAUGAAUCUCAGUGAGCACAAGUCCAACGCCAUUUCCCUAUUGAAUUUUCUUCCUUCAACGCCGCGAUGCUUCUUCGGGCUCAAGCUUUCGGGCUUCUCAUCGCAGCACUCUUGUUCGUCCCGGCCCGGAUCAGCUCGCACGAGGAGUCCGGGCCGUGGCACUGCGAGUCGGACCCUGCGAUCCGAAUCCGCUCCGAAUUCCGCCCCGGCGUCAUCACCGUCGACGGAAAGGUAGACGAUUGGAGCGGCAUCUCCGGGUCAGAUUUCGCCCUAUUGCCCGCUCUGGACCCGGAUGCUGACAAAGAAUACAAUGCUGGGAAAUUGACUCUCAAGGCUGUGCAUGACGGGAACGAAGCGUAUUUUAUGUUGCAAGUUGAUGGAAAUUAUGCUUAUACUCAAGGAGAUGAUAAUAUUUGCGCAUCUGUUGCUCUAAUGUUUCAAAUAGGUGAAAAUGCAACUUACCAUAGAAUGGGUGGCUGCGGGGAAGGACCAAAUACUUGUACAAACAAGACUUGCCGAGGGCAUGAAGUUGAUAUUAUGCACUUCUCGCUUGGAAAUGCUAUUCCUGGAAGACUCUAUGGCAGAAAUCCAGUCGACAACAGACAAGGAUAUGGAGGUGACAGGUUCGGUCAUUUGGUUGAUCUUUAUGGUUGGAACCCGCAUUGUAGAUAUCUUGAUGGCCUUGGCCCCUCAGAAAAUGACACCAGUGCACAGAAUGACUGGCAAGGAUCAUGGUGGCACAGUAGCUUGACCGACCAUUCAGGCUUUAUAAGGGAGGACAGCCCAUAUGCAUCAGGAGGCGAAAAGGGAACAUACUAUUUUGAAUUUUCAAGACCUCUGAGAACUAAGGAUCAUCUUCAGCAGGAUGCUCAAUUCACCAUUGGUAGAUCAAGCAAAGUAUCGGCUGCAUUCUGGUACCCGGAGGAAGGCAAGCCAUGGCACGGAUCUGCUCAUUACUCGACUAGCUGUGAUUGGAUUCUUCUUGAUUUUGUUCCAGCAGGCAGUUCUGAGCUCACCAGCACGGCUCAGAGCAGCUCGUGGGACUUUGCCACGACCUUCUCUCUCGUCUUCUCCGUUGUGGCCCUCUGCCUCUCCAUCAUCGUAGGGCAUCGGCUUUCCACAACCACCAGAACAGCAAACUUCAUCCCCAUGGAGAAUCUUUAGGUUAAGCUUCAAAUCAUGGACACUCUUUUAGGUUUUUUCUUCACACACACAUUCAUUUCACUAGUGUUAGACAUUCUUUUAAAUUAGGGAUGAUUUUUUAUACAUAAUUUUUAGUUUUUUUUCCCCCUGCAUAAAUUCAGCUUCUCUUGAUCGAAAUUCAUGUUUGGCAACUUUGUACUUUGUAAUAAUAUUUUGUGUAGUUACAAUUUCUUUGAAA